AUGCAUCUUCCCGCCGAGCCGAAUGACCUGGUGGACAUAAAACAAAGAGAUAAUGAACCUUUGAAGGACUACAUUCAACAUUUUAUGCGGGAAGCCACCAAAGUGAAAUCCCUUAGUGAUGACGAGGGAGGAAAGAAUGUGGCUAAGAAUGGCAAACGCAGUAAUGGGGUUGGAACUAGCGGUAAACAUAAUGACAAUAAGGAGCCUAAGACCACCGAGAAGCCCAUGCCACAGGAAUAUGUCCCUAAAUUUAGUACUUACUCCAUCUUGUUGGAGACCCGGGCAGACAUUUUUAAUGCCACACAGGUUGUUGUACCAUACAGAAGACCUCCACCAAUGAGGAAGGAUGUUAACAGAUGGGAUAUGACCAAAUUCUGUCGAUUUCACAAUGACUAUGGUCAUCAAAUCAUUGAAUGUAACCACCUGAAGGAGGAGAUAGAAUUCCUCAUUCGAAAAAACAAUGCUCAUCUGAAGAGGAAUAUACGGCCGACUGCCGACCAGCAUCAUCAACAGCCUCAUCAGCAAAAGUCUCAGCAGUAUCAGAACAAUCAACCUCUCCUACCACCACCAGUUGCUGGUCGGCUAGAUAUGAUCUGUGGCAGGCCACAUUUGGUCGGCAACUCUGGAAAAUCUCUAGAAAGAUACCCUCGUUUCCUUAGGCACAAGCAGGAUGAAGAUGUAUUGGCUGUCCAGGAGCGUACUCCCAAACAACCUCGCUACGAGUGUGAGCCCAUCACGUUCAGUGAGGAACACACAAGUCACGUACAUCAUCUGGAUAACGACCCGUUGGUAGUAGAAGUACAGAUUGCUAAUAUGAUCGUGGCCCGAACGAUGAUUGACCAUGGGUCAUCUGCCAACAUCCUGUUUGAGAGUACCAUGGAGAGGAUGAAUUUAAGCAUCAAAGAUCUUGAACCAUGCGAGUAG